AUGGAAGAAACAUCCAAACAACGUAAAGCACGUUUGGAAGCCUUUCGCAAAAGAAAAGCGGAAACCAUAACUAACACCGGUGAAGAAAAUGAAUCAAAUGAGAAUAGUAAAACACUCAGUUUUCGUAAUUAUACACCUUUAAAUGAAGAUGUAAGAGCAAAUUCGAUAGUCAAAAUAACAAAACCAGAAGACAUUGGGGACGAUACUGUGGAGAAGACUGCCCAGCAAAUAGAUCUAUUCAAUCUUGCUCCAAGAAAACCAAACUGGGACCUAAAACGAGAUGUUGAGAAAAAGCUACAAAAGCUCGAGCGUAGAACUCAAGCUAGUAUUGCUCAGUUAAUACGAAUGCGUCUACAGGGUGAGUCAGAGUCAACGACUGAUCUAGCUGAUGCUGUUAGAGCUACUGAGAAAGGGGCCGAAUCUGAAAACGAAUCGGAUUAG